AUGGCUGGAGAGUCCACGAAGCGCAAUCAGAACUUCUAUUGCCAAUACCACCAGGACCACGGGCAUACCACGGAGGAUUGCAGGAACCUUUGGAACCACCUAGACCAGCUCGUCCGAGAAGGAAAGCUGAAGCACCUCCUGCAUCAUUCCAAUGGUCAUCAAGGUCAGACCCAUCAGGAACCCCAGAGAGACGCUGCCCUAAAGCCGCCCGUAAGGACGAUCAAUGUAAUCCUGGUCACACUAGGAAGAACAGGCGCGCGCCCUUCUCGAGUAUUAUCUGUGUCCCAGCUGCCUGCCAGGGAGUCCCAGCCAGAGCCGAAAAAGGCCAGAAGGAAUUUUCACCUGGCCUUAAGCUUUUCAGAAGAAGAUAUGGACGGUACCAUCCAGCCCCAUGACGACGCGCUGGUGAUCACUCUCAGAAUCGGGGGCUACGAUGUGAAAAGGGUGAUGGUGGAUGGUGGCAGUGCUGCCGAGGUCAUGUACCCCGAUCUCUACAAGGGGCUAGGAUUAAAAUCGGAGGAUCUAACGCCCUAUAGCUCCCCUUUGAUGACCUUCGAUGGGAAGCUCGUUGUCCUAAAGGGCAUGAUUAGGCUACCCAUCCAGACCGGCCCAGAAACGGUGGAAGUAAACUUUAUCGUGGUGGACACCUACUCUCCUUAUACGGCCAUCAUUGGCAAACCUUGGCUCCACACACUGGGAGCUGUCGCCUCCUCCUUGCAUCACAAGUUGAAAUCCCCGUCGGGGGACCAAGUCCGCGAAAUUCGCGGGAGCCAAUCCAUGACAAGGCAUUGUGUGGUGGCUACUGUCUCCCAUCGUCUCGAUGCGGAGUCCUCGGCCUCUGCUGAAAGGAGCUUAUAG